UGUAAAUCUGGGGUCUCUGGUCAGUGUGUUAUUGAAUUUCUGAAAAUGAGUUUUGAAGUUUUGGUCAUCAUAUUAUCAGAUUUGGGAUCAUUUCAACAUUUGCUGACUUUUCGUGAUUAUACAUUGUAUGUGUGACUGUGAAAACAACGUGAUACAAAGUGGUACUUUGGAGGGUAAAAAAUGUACAUAAUCAGCUGACCGAUCACAGUAAAAGCCAUUCCCUAGUAUGAUGCUGGAUGGUGGAGAAUUUUUGUGGUAUAUAGUUGCUGAAUAAUCGAGUGAGAUGUUCUUCUAUUGACCGGUGGUGACGCUGUCCAUGGUGCUGGACGUUGAAUGGUGUGUUUACGUGCACGAGCAAAUGUUGCCUCGCUUUCAUAUCAUAAAAACACUGAUAGCAGACUAUGUAACACUUCUUAAAUGUGUUUUGCCAUGGUAAGACAACACGGAUACAGUCUUUAUUUACGGACCAAAACUGCGUUUUGUAGUGAGCGAGGUAUUACAUACUCUUUCACUGAAGUUGAUUUUUCCACUGCUUUGAACCUCUGCACAAAUAUAGGCUAUUAAGUAUAGAAUAUCCACGUCAUUCUACACUAGCACCAAAACAACAGUUGGUGUCGCUGGAGACCAUGAUAUUCGUGUGGCUCCUUUUUCCCCCCAGACUCCUCCUCUGCGUGCGAAGCAUCAGUAGCUCCGCUGCUUUGUCAGAAAAUACACAAAUGCUCACGAGACAGAGAGGUCUCGACUGUUAUUCACUUAAAGUGUGGACAUGUUCGAAAAUGAUCAUUUCUUUCAUUCUGUGUCAACGAUGGGACGUGGAGGACUAACAGGCACGAUUUGGAUAAAUAUAAUAGCUUUGCUUUGUCUCUGUGAUGGCUCCACGGGGCAGCUCUCGUUCUCCGUUUCCGAGGAGGUUGACAAAGGAACGGUAGUGGGAAAUCUCGCUAAGGAUUUACAAAUUAAUGUCCAGGAGCUGGAAAAACGGGAUUUACGAGUUGUUGCUGGGAAUUCUAAGAAAUAUUUUGACGUGAAUUUAAAAACUGGUGCUUUAUAUGUUUGCGAUAGGAUUGAUCGUGAAGAGCUCUGUCCAAAUACAGCAAAAUGCUCCCUGAAUAUAGAAGCGAUUCUAAGCCACCCAAUGCAGCUGCAUCGCAUAGAGGUCCAGAUUAUUGAUAUCAAUGACAAUGCACCGUCUUUUCGUGAAAAUGAGAAAACUUUAAAUAUUUCGGAAUCGUCUUUUACCGGGGAGAGGUACCUACUUCCGAUGGCAAACGACGCAGACACGGGCAGUAACUCGGUAAAGAGCUAUAAGCUGAGUGCAAAUGAGUAUUUCUCACUGGACGUACAGAGCGGUGGACAGCACAGUGAGUCUGCUGAGCUGGUGCUACAGAAAUCUUUAGACAGGGAGAAACAGUCUAUUAUCCGUCUGACUUUAACUGCUCUGGACGGAGGAAAACCUGCCCGGUCUGGUACAUUAAAAAUAGUUGUACAAUGUCAUUGAUACUAAACGACAACGUUCCGGUAUUUAGUCAACCUCUGUAUAAGGCCCGGGUCACUGAAAACGCUCCAUAUCAGACAUCUAUACUGACUGUAAGUGCUACAGAUUUA